CAUAUGGCUGGCUAGUGGUAUGAUUUUAUAACAGUAAUUUCUCUGUAGGUGGGGCUGAAAAUAAUAGUAUUGCAAGAACGAUGACCGGAAAUACGUCACCACCAACAACAGCAACAAACACAAUAACAUCAAGAGAACAAGCUACAACUUCUGGGACAGGACAACCUACGUCUGUUUCGCUGACAUCUACACACGUUUCAACUCAAAUCGAUAUCACCAACGCCUCAACUACCGAGGAAUCAACUACAAAAACAGGCCCACCGACAACAACAACAGCAGCCACACCAACAGAAGGAAAAUCAAUUACGCAUACGACAAUCUCAACAGAAGGAGAAGCGACUACAGAAUUAUUACAGACAACGACAACAGAAGAAGCAGCAACUACAAAAUCAUUUCAGACGACAAUCAUGACAACAGAAGAAGAGGAGGAGGAAGAAGAAGAAGAAGCGACUACAGAAUCAUUGCAGACAACGACAACGACAACAGAAGAAGCAGCAACUACAAAGUCAUUACAGACGACAAUCAUGACAACAGAAGAAGAGGAGGAGGAGGAAGAAGAAGAAACGACUACAGAAUCAUUGCAGACAACAACAACAACCACGACAACAGAAGAAGAAACGGCUGUCCCCGCUACAACUCCUACGGAGGUUACUGAGCAUCUGACGACUGCAGCAGAAACUACAACUCCGGCCACCACAACACUAGCCGCUGACCAUUCAUGUGUCGGGAGAUGUGGAUUUGACGCAACCAAACCAUGCCAGUGCAAUAGUCAAUGCUUAACCCAUGGAGAUUGUUGUAUUGAUUACCAGACUGCAUGCCCAGGUGGAUCUUCCUCGUGCAGCUCACGUUGUGGCCAAUCUUAUGAUCCCGCUAACCCAUGCCAGUGUAACAGCCAAUGUGAUUCGUUCAACAACUGUUGCCAUGACUACAAUACAUUAUGCUGAAAUCAAUAUACUGCACCCAUUUUUUGUCGCAUCAGCAUUCAUUCACAUUUUGUGUAACCAAUGCAUAAUAAUUUUAAGGAAUCAAUAGAUUUGCAAUCUGCUCGAAUUAAGCAUUGUUGUAACUAGAAUAAAUCGAUGUGUUCUU